GGAAGUUAACCGAUCCACUGAAGAAAACGUUCACGUGUUGUUGUCGUAGUCCUGCAUUUCACAGUCUUACAGAGUGAAAAUGCGAGGUAAAAAGAAUAAGGAGAAGAAUGCAGUUACAGAUGACCCUGUUAAGAAUUUUGAGAAAUGGAAGAAGAAGUAUAAUAAAACGAAGACCCGGGUGAAACAAGAGAAAAAACACACUAAAAAGAAAAGCGAGUCGGAGAUCGAGAGAGAAAACAUACAGAAACUGGUGAAUAAAUACUCGGAGAUCAAUCCCAAGGAUGCUGUGAAGUUCUCUGAUUUUCCAAUUUCAAAGAAGACACUGAGAGCUCUUCUUGAAGCUCAGUACAGGCAACCCACCGAGAUUCAGAAACAAACGAUUGGCUUUGCAUUGCGAGGCAAAGAUGUCCUUGGUGCUGCAAAGACAGGGUCUGGAAAGACCUUGGCUUUUCUCAUUCCAGUUUUGGAGUGCUUGUACCGUGAACAGUGGACUGCGAUGGAUGGCCUGGGUGCUCUCAUUAUCUCCCCCACACGAGAACUGGCCUAUCAGACCUUUGAGGUGUUGAGGAAAGUCGGCAAGAACCAUGAAUUUUCUGCUGGACUUAUAAUCGGUGGCAAGGACCUAAAGGAUGAAUCAGAGAAGAUCCAUCGCACAAAUAUCAUCAUCUGCACACCAGGGCGUCUACUGCAGCACAUGGAUGAAAAUGCAACAUUUCAUGCAUCAAACUUGCACAUGCUUGUUCUGGAUGAAGCUGAUAGGAUUCUUGACAUGGGAUUUGCAGACACGCUCAAUGCCAUUGUGGAGAACCUCCCGAAAACACGUCAGACCCUUCUCUUCUCUGCCACUCAGACCAGAUCGGUCAAAGACCUGGCCAGGCUGAGCUUGAAGGAUCCAGAAUAUGUGUCGGUCCAUGAGCAGGCCAAGUUCAGUACACCUGCUACUCUUGAACAGAACUAUGUGGUCUGUGAGCUUCACCAGAAGGUCAACAUGCUAUUUUCGUUUUUGAGGAGUCAUCUUCAGAAAAAGAUCAUAGUCUUUUUUGCUUGCUGUAAAGAGGUUCAGUAUCUAUUCCGGAUCUUCUGUCGGUUGCGUCCAGGAAUCUCUGUACUCGCUUUGCAUGGCAAACAGCAGCAGAUGAAAAGGGUGGAGGUUUACAACGACUUUGUCCGCAAAACGGCUGCAGUUCUCUUCGCGACAGAUAUUGCUGCCAGGGGACUGGAUUUCCCAGCAGUAAACUGGGUGCUGCAGUUUGACUGUCCUGAAGAUGCAAACACGUACAUUCAUAGGGUUGGGAGAACAGCCAGAUAUAAGGAAGGAGGUGAGGCUCUUCUCGUCCUCUUGCCUUCCGAGGAGAAGGGCAUGCUAGCACAGCUACAAGAGAAAAAAGUUCCCAUUAACAAAAUCCAGGUGAAUCAAGAGAAGCUGGUGUCUGUCCAGCAGAAGUUGGAGGCCUUUCUGGCCCAGGAGAAGGAGCAGAAGGAGCGAGCGCAAAGGUGUUUUGUGUCCUACCUUCGUUCUGUCUAUCUGAUGAAGAACAAAGACGUCUUUGAUGUUUUUCAGCUCAAACUCCCAGAAUAUGCCAUGUCACUGGGUCUGGCGGUGGCACCACGAGUCCGCUUCCUCACUAAGGCCCAGCAGCAAAGAAGCGGAGAUGUGCAGAACGAAAUCAGCACUGCAGGAGAUGAGUCUGAAGAUGAGCUGCAGAGUUUUAAAGCUCAGCUCAAGGGAGAACAACCCGAGUCUGAGCUCUCUCAGUCUGAGGAGGAAGAAGAUGAUGAGGAAGAGAAAGUGAAGAAGCCUGGAGCUCAGCUUUGUGGCCCUAAUGAAGAAGAUGAUGAAGAUCAGGACUUAUUUACGGUUAAACGUAAAGAUGUGUUUAAUGUCAUUGAGGACAGCCAGAUAGACGAGGACAGUGAUGAUAAUGCGAGGAAUAAGAAACAGAAAGAGUCCAAAGUCAAGGAGGCAAAGAAAAUCCAGAAAAGAAACUUCAAGGUGAACACGAAGAAGAUCUUCACCGAUGAUGGAGAGGCUUUGCAGCAGUGGCCUCCGCUGCAGAGAACCAUGAUCCCAGAUGAAGAGGAAGUAGAUGAGGAGACGUCCGGCAUUAACGUAGAGGUGGCCAAAGAACGGCUCCGCAAAGAGGACCAAGAGUUCGACAAGCUUGAGUAUCGCCGUAAAAUCAAGGAGAAACACAGGGAAAAACGGCUGAAGGAGAAAGCAGCUCGAAGAGAGGCCAGCAAACAGCAUAAAGAGGAGAAAAAGAAAGUUGCUACUAAUGAUGAUGAUGAUGAUGGCGAUGACGAUGAUGAUGAAGCGGUGGCUUAUUUGUCGGGGGCCGAUGAAGAUUUUGACCCCAGCACCCUUCCUGACCCAGACAAAGUGCACAACUCGGAUUCCUCAGAUGAAGAUGACAGCAAUGCAUCAGACCAUGGCAGGAAGAGAGGUUUCGGCAGUGAUGAAGAUGAUGAUGAUGGUGAUGAUGAUGUGCAGCAGAGACAGGUGGUCAGAAAGAAGCCCAGACAUGAGCCCACAGUAACUCCUUUGGACACUGGCCUCUCACUGGCUGAAGAUGAGCAACUUGUGUUGCAUUUACUGGGCAGUCGCACCUAGCUUGUUUGAAACCGGACACCCAGGUUCCUGUAUACCCAAGCUGCAAUGGACACUUGUUCAUAGUUCCUAUAUGUUGAGUUUAUAAGUCAUAUAAAUCUCUCUUUCUUAAUUAAAUUGAUUUUGAAUGUGA